CAGAGGCAGACCGCGCAGAGAGAGCGCAAGACCACUCCCAGGGCAUCGCAGGGUCCCUGGCAGCAUUUGGCUGCUGCCGGGUGGUGAACUGGAGUACCACGCUUCAGGGCGACUGUGCGAGCGUACUAGGGGGACCUCGGCGGCGGCAGGCCUCAUACUCCAAGGGUCCGGUCUGGGGGCGAUUCCUGAUGCCCCAUUAUAGUUCCCGAUAACAUUGAAAAGGGGGACUAUGUCCUGCAAAGGUUGAGACAUAAAGGGUAGGGAAGGAAAAGAGAGAAAACUCCACUGAGGCCGAAGGAGAAGGAACUAAUGUGGACCUCUUGAGGAAUUAAGAGGAGGAUUGGACCGUGGAGAAUCGGGCGGGAUCUUGGAGGUGCGGGGCAAGGAGCAACGGAAGCUGUGCGGUCGGUCCGUGGGGCUGGGUCUUCUUGCACCUCGGGUCACGCCUCCUUGGCGAGAAGGCGCCUCGCCUUUGAUUGCUUCCAGUUACUGCAGAACUUCCUGCCCAGGCGGAGAAGCGGGUCUUGCUUGGGUCGCGCUCUCUCCUGGUCUGAGGCGCGAGACUGAGUUCACACGGUGCUGGGCCCCCAAAGUCAAGUGGGGUUGUGGGAACAGAGUCUGCGAGUCCCAGCACCCAGAGUGAAGGGACUAGUGUUGGGGUCCUCCCUCCCUUUGCAUCCGUACCCUUGCGGGUUUUGCGCCUCCCCGGAGACCCGUCGCCGGGAGAUGGCCGUGUUGAUGCGGGGCAAGGACUCCUCCCGCUGCCUGCUCCUACUGGCCGCGGUGCUGAUGGUGGAGAGCUCACAGUUCGGCAGCUCGCGGGCCAAACUCAACUCCAUCAAGUCCUCUCUGGGCGGGGAGACGCCUGCCCAGGCCGCCAAUCGAUCUGCGGGCACAUACCAAGGACUGGCUUUCGGCGGCAGUAAGAAGGGCAAAAACCUGGGGCAGGCCUACCCUUGUAGCAGUGAUAAGGAAUGUGAAGUUGGGAGAUACUGCCACAGUCCCCACCAAGGAUCGUCAGCCUGCAUGGUGUGUCGAAGGAAAAAGAAGCGCUGCCAUAGAGAUGGCAUGUGUUGUCCUGGUACCCGCUGCAAUAAUGGCAUCUGCAUCCCAGUCACUGAGAGCAUCUUAACUCCUCAUAUCCCAGCUCUGGAUGGCACUCGGCACAGAGAUCGAAACCAUGGUCAUUACUCAAACCAUGACUUGGGAUGGCAGAAUCUAGGAAGACCACACACUAAGAUGUCUCAUAUAAAAGGGCAUGAAGGAGAUCCCUGUCUACGAUCAACAGACUGCAUUGAAGGAUUUUGCUGUGCACGUCACUUCUGGACCAAAAUCUGCAAACCAGUGCUCCAUCAGGGGGAAGUCUGUACCAAGCAGCGCAAGAAGGGCUCUCAUGGGCUGGAAAUCUUCCAGCGGUGUGACUGCGCAAAAGGCCUGUCUUGUAAAGUAUGGAAAGAUGCCACCUACUCCUCCAAAGCCAGACUCCAUGUAUGCCAGAAAAUAUGAUGACCUCUGAGGAAAAGCAUCACUAGCAGACUGUGAAUCUGUGUAUUUAAUGCAUUAUAGCAUGGUGGAAAAUUUGGUCUGGAUUUCAUAAGAAGAACUAAAAUGAGGAAUGUGAUAAGAAUAUAGCAGAGAAAGAGAAGAAAAAGAUAAAGAAGCAGAUUAGACAGGGUGACAAAUGUAGUACAAUCAGUGUUUCCCAUCAUGCAACUUGUUUCUGUAAAUAAUGUACACAUUUGUGAAAAUGCUAUUACUGAAAAAAGCACACGGUGAAAUUACUGACGAAUCCAUGUGACUUUCCAAGAGUUGAGGUUGUGCUGGAGGAUUGGUUUCCUUCAGACUGGUGAUUGCCUAUAAAAACAACCUAAAAGCCAUAUUUCUAUUUAAAGUUAUUGUUUAAUAAAAUAUUCUCCACAUAUACCCUGGUAUACAGUAGGCUCUAAAACAUGAAAAGGGCUGUUAAAUAGGCAAUGAAAGCAUCGAGUCAACUUGCAACACAGAAUCACCUUUUAAUUUGGAACACUACUUCUUACCACUCAAUUAAAGACUGUGGUAGACAAGAAAAAAAGCAGUCAAUACUUUCCAAAUAAUUUCAAAAUGAUUGCAGGUCUUUUGUCCAGACCUUCAGAAAAAAAAAACAAAAACCAAACUUGGUUUUCCUCAAACUGAUUAUCUACAUUUUUCAAAAGUUUGAUUUUACCUAUAAUUAAUAAGAGCCAGUAUUAAUAAGACAGAAAGAAUCCCUUCAGAUUCUCAAGUAUCUAAAUUGCGUGUCUCCUGAUUGUGAUUCCUACCUAUUUUAUUUUCCAAAUUAUACCCAUUGCGAAUAGCACAGAGCAGAAUUUUCAGACUGCAAAAAUUUUAAGAUGCCCCAAAUAUGUGGUAAACAAAGUUACUAGAUCAUAUCUUGUAAAACUUGUGCAUUCCCUAUGAUUGACAGAAUUAAACAUUUAUCUUUUACAUACUCUGCAGUAUAGCAGGGUAAAACUGAUAAAAGAAGCUUAAGCCACAUCUUGUCCUGCACUGAAGCCAUAGCAACGAAAUGGGAGAAACUCUGGGAAGUGGCCAGGUUUUGGCAACACAUAGAUCAUAUGUCUGAAGCACAAACUGAGUUUUCACAUUUGAAGCCCAAGGCUGCACAACCUAAAUGGAAGUUUUCCAUGGGAUUUGCCAUCACAAUAUUUACCACACAGAUGAGCUCAGUGUGAGGUCACUACCUGACCUCAAAAUAUUUUUUUUUUAUCUAUUUUUGAGGUCCUAAAACAAUCUUAAUGUGAGGAGGUCUCUUGAAAUGGACUCCAAGGCAGGUAGGGUAGGAAGGAGGCAUUGCCCUCAGUAGGUUUCUAACUGGCUGAUGGCACCAUGUGAUUGUUCUGUACCAACGACAGCUAUUUUUUGCCAAAGAUGUUUUCUGCGGUCAUUGAGAUAAAAAAAAAAAAAAAACAUAUAAAUGGAAUAAUGUGUAAAGUCUACAUUUUGCUAAUCUAUAGAAACCACAGGUUCUAAAUUCUUUGAAUCCAUUUUAUUAUUUUUUUUUACUUUACUCAGUUCUAAAUAUUAUGUCUAGACAUAAAGCAAAAAUGUUAUCUUAUAGUUGUUACUUUUGACUUUUCUUUUAUAGACUGUAAGUCACUCCUUAAUUUUCUUUUACUUAACUCCCAUUUGCAGUCUCAAAUUCAAGUUUUCCCAGUAGAAACUGAACCUGAGCCUGCAUGACUAGCUUCCCGCAUUCAUUUACUACGAUGAUUAAGAUUUACAUGUUCCCCACAUGUCUGCUAAAACAAAAAUUAUUAGCUAAUCUAUCCAAGAACCAAAGUCUGUACAAACAGGUUUCUAUUAGCUUGGCAACAUGAAAAUGGAACAUUUCAGUCAAAUGUUUCCUAUGUAGCAAUUACAUUUACAAUCUGGUUUCUACAUUAUUUCCCUUAUGUACAUCCCUUCAAAAAUUAUUAUUUGAAAUAAUUUAUUUACAGGAAAUGUUAAUGAGAUGUAUUUUCUUAUAGAGAUAUUUCUUACAGAAAGCUUUGUAGCAGAAUAUAUUUGCAGCUAUUGACUUUGUAAUUUAGGGGAAGUGUAUAAUAAGAUAAAAUAUAUUAAAUUUUUCUCCUCCAAAAAUGGAA